CGCAACGCAACGCAACGCGCUGCGGCUUGUGAUUGGAGUUCGAGUGGGUACUGGUGCGGUUGGUUCGUCGACGAGGGCAAGCGAAGCGAGGUAGCAGCGGGCGUGUUACGUUGACCAAGGAGCAGAUGCCAAUAGCAGCCGCGGUGACCGCGCCCCCCGCCGCCGCGCAGGUGCACGGGGUCGUGCCGCGGCAUGCCUCGCCGCCGCCGCAGCAGCAGCAGCAGCGGGCGGCGGCGCCACGGCGGGAGCAGUCGCCGCUGAACCCGAGCUCUCAGGCGAUCCGGUCAGGCUCCGGCGCACCUGCUGCUGGUGGGGGCUCCGCGGCGACAGAGGCUUCCAGGGCGCAUAUAGCCAACCUUGACCGGGUGCUUGGGAAGCCGCCCCAGGCGCCGAGGCCGGCGAGCCACGCGGCGGCGAGCAAGCAGCAGCAGGAUGGCGGGGAGCUGGAGCCGCUCAACGUGAGGCACGGCCUGCUCAACGCGCUGAACCUGUCCUUCUUUGUGCCGAUGCCCGGGAUGAGGGCGCGCGCCGCCGUCGACGAGCACAUGUCGCCGCGCAGCCUCAUGCACAUGCAGCAGCUCCUCUCCGCGGACUCGCCGCGCGCCUCGCCGAGGAGCACCAUCGCGCAGCGCUGGCGCAGCCUCCACGGGGAAGACGGCUGGGCCGGCCUCCUCGACCCGCUCGACUCCGACCUCCGCCGUGAGCUCCUCCGCUACGGCGACUUCGUCCAGGCGGCGUACCAGGCCUUCCACUCGCUGCCCACCGCGUCGGCGAGGCACCGCGGCCUCAUGCUCCCCGACCGCUCGUACCGCCCGACGCGGAGCCUCUUCGCCACCUCGGCGCUGUCCAUGCCGCCGUGGGCCAAGCGCCCCAACACCCCCGAGUGGCUCACGCAGCAGUCAAACUGGAUCGGCUACGUCGCCGUGUGCGAGUCCGAGCGGGAGGUCGCCCGCAUGGGCCGCCGCGACAUCGCCAUCGUGCUGCGUGGGACGGCCACCUGCCUCGAGUGGGCCGAGAACCUGCGCGCCUCGCUCGUGCCGCUCGACGGCGAGAGCGGCGAAGCCAGCGGCGACGCGCAGGAUCCCAAGGUGGCGCGGGGGUUUCUGAGCCUGUACAAGACGGCCGGGGAGAAGGUGAAGAGCCUCUCGGAAGAGGUCAUGGGCGAGGUGAGGCGGCUCAUGGAGAAGUACAAGGGCGAGGAGCUCAGCAUCACGGUCGUCGGCCACAGCCUCGGCGGUGCCCUGGCGCUCCUCGUGGCCGACGAGAUCGCCACCACCGUCCCCGACGCGCCGCCGGUCGCGGUGGUCUCCUUCGGCGGGCCGAAGGUGGGGAACGCCGCGUUCGUGGACAAGCUCCAGAAGAGCGGCAAGGUGAACGUCCUGCGCAUCGUCAACGCCGGCGACGUGGUCACCAAGGUGCCCGGCGUGGCACCGCGGCUACCGCUCACCAAGGAGCAGUACCAGCACGUGGGCGCGGAGCUGCGCAUCGACAGCAAGAACUCACCGUGCCUCCGCCCCGACGCCGGCCCGGCUUGCCGGCACGACCUGGAGGCGUACCUGCACCUCAUCGACGGGUUCACGGGGACGGGGCGCCCGUUCCGGCACGACGCCCGGCGCAGCGUGAUUCGGCUGCUGCAGAUGCAGAGGGGCAACGUGAAGAAGGAGUACGUGAACCGCGCCCGCGAGCUCGGCGUCGACCCCUCCGCGCCGGUGGACGUCGGCCGGAGCAUGGCCUACGGGAACUGCGCCGUCGCCAGCCCCUCCUCGUGAGACGACGAGAUUGACGUCUUCUUCAAGGGCCCUUAUGUAAAUUUUUGUAGAAGCAGACCAACAAUUCUUUCGUUAGUCGGGGUGUCAUCGGGAAAAAAGGAUUCCCCCUUGUUUCCAUCUCAUUUGACUUACGUAUGUACAUACAUGAAAUCCAUACUGCAAGAACAUCACAAUGCAAGCGAAAGCUUGUAUCUUUAUCACUGAAUUAUUGACUGCU